CGGAAGUGAAGCGAGCGAAGUCUUUCCUGGAGCAAGGCCGGCAGGAUGGCGGCGGACACGCAGGUUUCUGAUACUCUGAAGAAGUUUGCGUUGAAAGUGACCACAGCUAGUGUGAAAGAACGGAGAGAGAUACUCCAUGAACUCAAGGACUGUGUGACAGGGAAAGAGCUGCCGGAGCCCGCAGUGAGGGGACUCUGUAAACUCUUCUGCCUGACUCUGCAUCGAUACAGAGACUCUGCCUCGAGGAGAGCCCUGCACUCUGCUCUCCAGCAGCUAGCUGAGUCUCAGCCCGAAGCCACAGCCAAGAACCUGGUGCAGUGCCUGCAGACUGCCGGGAUCAUCUGCAACAAUGGCAACCCCAGCAAGGGCACCAGUUCAGCUGCCUCCCUGGCCCUGUCCUGGACCGUCCUGCUCGUGCAGACUGUCUUCCCGUCUCCCGACAAGAGAGAGGGAGCCACCUGGAAGAAACUGGUGGAAGUCCAGAGCUUGCUGCUGUCUGAUGUUUUGGGCGGCACCAACAAACACAAUCUGGAAGGAAUUAUGAAGAAGCUCCGGCAGAUUUGGAAGGAGAACCCAGGCCUUGCUGAUCAGUACCUGUCUGUUAUCCUGAGUCUGGAGCACAGCCAGACCCACCUGGGCAUGCUGGGAGUGCUGGUGGAUUUCUGCACCGCACAGAAGGACAUCGCUACUGUCAACAAACACAAGAGUGCCCUAUUGGAGCUGUACAUGAAGACUGUGCUGAUGAGCAAAACCAAACCUCCGAGACAUGUACUAGAUAAGUGCACCCCGCUGCUCCGCCACGCCACCCACCAGGAGUUCAAGGACUUGCUGCUGCCCACACUGCUGAAGUCGUUGCUGCGCAGCCCUGAGAACAUCACAGAGACCAUUUCCAGCUUGCUGUCCUCGGUGACACUGGACAUGAGCCAGUAUGCCAUGGACAUCGGCAAAGGACUGGCAAGCCAGCUCAAAGCGAACAAUCCCCAGGUGAUGGACGAGGCUGUGCUGGCUCUGCAGAACCUGGCGCUCCAGUGCAGCGACCCCUCUGCUGUGGAGUCUGUCAGCAAGCACCUGUUCGCCAUCCUGGGAGGAUCCGAGGGUAAACUGAAUGUUGUUGCCCAAAAGAUGAGCGUACUUUCAGGGAUCGGCAGUCUGAGCCAGCAUUCUGUAUCGGGCUCCUCCAGCCAGGCUCUGAGCAGCACAGUGGCUGAGCUCUUCAUCCCGUUCCUACAGCAGGAGGUUCACGAGGGCACGCUGGUGCACGCCGUGUCGGUGCUCACUCUCUGGAGCAGUAAGUUCACUACAGAGGUUCCCACGAAGCUGGUGGAGUGGCUGAAAAAGGCUUUCACCCUGAAGACCUCCACCUCUGCAGUGCGGCACGCCUACCUGCAGUGCCUGCUGGCCUGCUUCAGAGGGGACACACUGCUGCAGGGUGCUGAGCUGCUCCCACUGCUGAUCCACACUGUAGAGAAGGUCUCCUCCCAGACGACUCAGAUUCCCGUCAUCACCGAGGGAGUGGCUGCCGCAGUGCUGCUCUGCAGGAUGAGUGCGGUGGAUUCCCAGUUUGAGGCGAAGUUGUCUGGGUUUUGGCAACUGGUUCUGGAUGAGAAGAAACAGAUUUUUACUGCGGAGAAGUUCCUUUCACUGGCUUCGGAAGAAGCGUUGUGCACAGUGCUGCAGCUGGCAGAGAGAUUGCUGCUGGACCAUCCUCACAGGCUCCCUGAUCACAAAGCACACAGGAUGUAUCACCGAGCCCUGGUGCUGGUUCUGCUCACUCGGACCUGGCGUGUCCGGAAGCAGGCUCAGCACACUGUGAGGAAGCUGCUGGCUGCUCUGGGAGGGGUCAGACUGGCCUAUGGGAUGCUGGGGGAGCUGCAAGCUGUCCUCGACUCCCACAAGGUGCUGCCCCUGGACGCCCUGGUCACUGAGUCGGGGGAGCUGUCGGAGUUGGGGAGGAGCUACACCCCCCCGCGCAUCCUGAUGGAAGCCCUGUGUGUGAUCACCAGUGUGCCCGGGCUGGAAGCAGACCCAGGAGAGGCAGAGAAGCUGGCCCAGGAGAGCCUGAUCGUGGCUCACCACCCCUCCAUAGUGGUGGCUCAGAAAGACUUGUGGCCAGCCAUCCUGUCUCGAAUGAAGAUCAAUGUGACAGCCUUCAUUGACAAGCACAUGGAGACCCUACUGCCCCAGGUCACAGACACAGCCAGCAUGAGCCAGGCCAGCCUGAAUGCAGUGGGCUGCCUCUCCUCCCUCUCCUGUGCCAAGGUGCUGCCCCGGCUCUUCAGCAUCAUCACGGCUGUGCUGGAGAAGCAGGGGCUGAGGCAGGUGACACGUGAGGAGUACGCCAUCAUGCACACUGUGGAGGGGGAGCUGUACGACAAGUCCUUCAUCCCCAGCACCCAGCAGGAGAGCACAAAGAAGGGGAACCUGAAGCGUGAGAACAAGGCUUAUUCCUACAAAGAGCAGAUCCUGGAGCUGGAGCUGAAAGAGGAAAUCAAAAAGAAGAAAGGAAUCAAAGAGGAGCUGCAGCUGACAAGCAAACAGAAGGAGCUGAUGCAAGCGCAGCUGGAGAGAGAGUCUGCCAUCAGGAAGAAGCUGCUGGAGCUGGACCGGGAGCUGCAGUCUGCCCUGAGCCUCCUGGCUGCAGUAGUGACCAGAAAACCCCCAGGCCUGUCCCAGCACAUCCCCCUGGUCAUCCACUCCUUCCUGCCGCUCUUCAAAUCCCCGCUGGCGGCUCCCAGGAUCAAGGAACCCUUCCUAGCUUUGGCCAACUGCGUGAUGCCUGCCGAGCUGACAAACCUAGGCUUCCUGGUAGGUCAUGUGACACUGCGUCUGCUGCAGCCGGAGUGCGAGCUGGACGAAGCGUGGGGUCAGGAGGAGCUGGGGGCAGCCACGGUCCGAGCGGUCAACCUGCUGCACAGCCACACGGUCCAGCACGGCAAUGUUCUGUCGGCCCCUGCCUUUGCAUUCUGCUUCCCCUUCCUGAAGACCGUGCUGACCGAGACGACCAACGACAGCGAGGAGCAGGAGGAUCUGCUGAUGCAGGUGCUGCAGGUCAUCAAUGAGCACGCUCAGCUCCGCUCCAGCACAGCCAGCCCGGAGCAGCUCGUGGACGAGAACGGUCCGGAGCUGCUUCCGCGGGUGGACAUGCUCCUGCUGCUGACCAGACUGAUCGGGACCGGCGCACCACGGCUGCAGGUCCUGGCCUCUCGCACCCUCACCUCUCUGUGUGCCAGCAGCAGUGGUGAGGAGGGCUGUGGUUACGCCGAGCAGGAGGAGAUAGACGUGCUGCUGCAGGCUCUGCAGUCCCCGUGCUUCGCUGUGAGGGACGCUGCGCUGCGGGGGCUGCUGGAGCUGGAGAUGGUGCUGCCCACGGUGGACAGCGAUGAGAAGAAUGGGCUGAACCUCCUGCGCAGGGUCUGGGUGGGGCGCUUCGACGUGGAGGAGGAGGGCAGGGCGCUGGCAGAGAGGCUGUGGGAGACUAUGGCACUGGAGCUGGACCCUGGCCUGUGCUCCCUGCUCAUCGGGGAUGUGAUCCACCACGAGGAGGCCGUGCGGCAGGCUGGGGCCGAGGCGCUCUCCAGAGCCGUGGCUCAGUACAGCAGGCAGGCAGCCCAGGUCCUGGGCAAGCUGAUGGAGAUCUACCAGGAGAAGCUCUACAGGCCUCCGCCUGUACUGGACGCUCUGGGUCGAGUGAUAUCUGAAGCCCCUCCGGACCAGUGGGAGGCCAGGUGUGGGAUCGCGCUGGCCCUGAACAAGCUCUCCCAGUACCUCGACAGCUCCCAGGUCACCCCCCUCUUCCAGUUCUUUGUCCCUGAAGCCCUCAAUGACCGCCAUGCUGAGGUCAGGAAGUGCAUGCUGGACGCAGCCCUGUCUGCUCUUAACACUCACGGGAAGGACAACGUGAGCUCCCUGCUGCCUGUCUUUGAGGAGUUCCUGAAGAAUGCUCCGCAGGAUGCGAGCUACGACUCUGUCCGGCAGAGUGUGGUCAUCCUCAUGGGCUCUCUGGCCAAGCAUCUGGACAAGAGCGACCCCAAAGUGAAACCCAUUGUGGCCAAGCUGAUCACCGCGCUGUGCACGCCCUCCCAGCAGGUCCAGGAAUCGGUGGCUGGCUGCCUGCCCCCCCUGGUCCCCGCUAUCAGGGAGGAUGCGGGCGGGAUGGUUCAGAAGCUGCUGCAGCUGCUGCUGGAGUCUGAUAAGUACGCAGAGAGGAAGGGGGCUGCGUACGGACUGGCUGGGCUGGUGAAGGGGCUGGGGAUCCUGUCCCUCAAGCAGCUGGAGAUCAUGGCCACCCUGACCGACGGCAUCCAGGACAAGAAGAACUUCCGGCGUCGGGAAGGAGCCCUGUUUGCCUUCGAGAUGCUCUGCAACAUGCUGGGGAAGCUCUUCGAACCCUACGUGGUGCACGUCCUGCCCCACCUGCUGCUCUGCUUCGGGGACGGGAACCAGUACGUCCGAGAGGCUGCUGAUGACUGUGCCAAGGCGGUGAUGAGGAACCUGAGUGCCCACGGCGUGAAGCUGGUCCUGCCCUCCCUCCUGCUGGCUCUGGAGGAGGAGUCCUGGAGAACCAAAGCAGGCUCUGUGGAGCUCCUCGGUGCCAUGGCGUUCUGCGCUCCCAAGCAGCUCUCCUCCUGCCUGCCCAACAUCGUGCCCAAGCUCACCGAGGUGCUCACAGACUCCCACGUAAAGGUGCAGAAGGCUGGGCAGCAGGCCCUGCGGCUGAUCGGCUCCGUCAUCCGCAACCCGGAGAUCCUGGCUAUCACCCCGAUCCUGCUCGACGCCCUGACGGACCCCUCCAGGAAGACACACAAGUGCCUGCAGACGCUGCUGGACACCAAGUUCGUUCACUUCAUCGACGCCCCCUCGCUGGCUCUCAUCAUGCCCAUCGUGCAGCGCGCGUUCCAGGACCGCUCCACCGACACGCGCAAGAUGGCAGCGCAGAUCAUUGGCAACAUGUACUCCCUCACCGACCAGAAGGACCUGUCUCCUUACCUGCCCAGCGUAAUACCAGGACUGAAGGCCUCCCUGUUGGAUCCUGUACCCGAGGUGCGGACGGUGUCUGCCAAGGCCCUGGGUGCCAUGGUGAAGGGGAUGGGCGAGUCCUGCUUCGAUGACCUCCUGCCCUGGCUCAUGGAGACCUUGGCCUCGGAGCAGAGCUCAGUGGACCGAUCUGGGGCAGCGCAAGGUCUGGCCGAGGUGAUGGCUGGCCUGGGCGUGGAGAAGCUGGACAAGCUCAUGCCGGACGUGGUCGCGACGGCCAGCAAGGUGGACAUCGCCUCCCACGUGCGCGACGGCUACAUCAUGAUGUUCAUCUACCUGCCCCUCACCUUUGGGGACAAGUUCACCCCCUACGUCGGACCCAUCAUCCCCUGCAUUCUCAAGGCUCUGGCCGAUGAGAACGAGUACGUGCGUGACACGGCUCUGCGGGCGGGGCAGAGGAUCAUCAGCAUGUACGCAGAGACUGCCAUCGCCCUGCUGCUGCCGGAGCUGGAGCAGGGACUGUUCGAUGACCUGUGGAGGAUCAGGUUCAGCUCUGUGCAGUUGCUAGGCGACCUGCUGUUCCACAUUUCGGGCGUGUCAGGUAAGAUGACGACUGAGACCGCCUCCGAGGACGACAACUUUGGCACAGCGCAGUCGAACAAGGCGAUCAUCGGUGCCCUCGGUGAUGUGAGGAGGAACAACGUGCUGGCCGGUCUCUACAUGGGCCGCUCGGACACGCAGCUGGUGGUGCGGCAGGCAUCCCUCCACGUGUGGAAGAUUGUGGUGUCGAACACGCCCCGCACGCUGCGGGAGAUCCUGCCCACGCUCUUCAGUCUGCUUCUGGGCUUCCUGGCCAGCACCUGCCCUGAUAAGAGAACGAUUGCUGCCCGGACUCUGGGGGACCUGGUGCGCAAGCUGGGUGAGAAAAUUCUCCCUGAGAUCAUCCCGAUCCUGGAGGAGGGGCUGCGCUCGGAGAAGAGUGACCAGAGGCAAGGGGUCUGCAUCGGCCUGAGCGAGAUCAUGAAGUCAACCAGCAAGGACGCGGUGCUGGUGUUCUCCGAGUCCCUGGUCCCCACGGUGCGGAAGGCCCUGUGUGACCCCCUGGAGGAGGUGCGGGAGGCGGCCGGCAAGACCUUCGAGCAGCUGCACUGCACCAUCGGAUACCAGGCGCUGGAUGACAUCCUGCCCGCCCUGCUGGAGCAGCUGGAUGAUGAGAACACCUCUGAGUUUGCCCUGGAUGGGUUGAAGCAGGUGAUGGCUGUGAAGAGUCGAUCGGUGCUGCCUUACCUCGUGCCAAAGCUCACGGCUCCUCCGGUAAACACCCGUGUCCUUGCGUUCCUGUCGGCUGUGGCUGGCGAUGCUCUGACCCGCCACCUCGCUGUCAUCCUGCCCGCUCUGAUGUCUGCACUGAAGGAGAAGCUCGGGGCAGAGGAGGUAGAGCAGGAGCUGGCGAGCUGCCAAGCGGUGAUCCUGUCUGUGGAGGAUGAGGUGGGCCAGCGCAUCAUCAUCGAGGACCUCCUGGAGGCCAGCCGCAGCGCUGACGUGGGCAUGAGGAGAGCGGCCGCCACCCUCCUCAACGGCUACGUCAGCAAGACCAAGGCUGACUACAGCGCCCACACCCGGAGCCUGGUGUCCGGCCUGGUCCGACUCUUCAACGACAGGGACGCUGUGGUGCUGAACGAGAGCUGGGACGCGCUGAGCAGCAUCACCAAGAAACUUGAUGCCGGAAGCCAGCUGGCGCUGAUUGACGACCUGCACAAGGAUAUUCGCACGGCAGGGAACGAAGUCAAGGGGGAGACCCUGCCAGGGUUCUGCCUGCCCAAGAAGGGCGUGACCUCCAUCUUGCCGGUGCUGCGUGAGGGGGUGCUGACAGGCAGUCCGGAGCAGAAGGAGGAAGCAGCCAAGGCCCUGGGGCUGGUCAUCAAGCUGACCUCCGCUGAGGCGCUGCGGCCCUCCGUGGUCAACAUCACCGGACCCCUCAUCCGCAUCUUGGGAGACCGAUUCAGCUGGAACGUCAAGGUGGCGCUGCUGGAGACCCUCACCCUGCUGCUUGCCAAGGUUGGCAUCUUCCUCAAGCCCUUCCUGCCGCAGCUCCAGACCACCUUCCUGAAGGCCCUGCAGGACUCAAACCGCUCGGUGAGGCUGCGAGCCGCCCAGGCGCUGGGGAAGCUCAUCGCCAUCCACACCAAGGUGGACCCCCUGUUCACAGAGCAGCUCAACGGGAUCCGCUCGGCCGAAGACCCCGGGGUCAGGGAGACCAUGCUGCAGGCUCUGCGCUUCGUUAUCCAGGGGGCCGGGGGUAAGGUGGACCCUGCAAUCCGGAGGAGCAUCACCACCACUCUGCUGAGCAUGCUGGGCCACGAUGAGGAUGCCAUGCGCAUGGCCUCAGCGGGCUGCCUGGGAGAGCUGUGCGCUUUCCUGCCGGAGGACGAGCUGCAGACUGUCCUGCAGCAGCACAUACUGGCGGACGUGUCUGGUAUUGAUUGGAUGGUGAGACAUGGGCGGAGUGUGGCUCUCUCUAUUGCGAUGAAGGCAGCUCCCAGCAAGCUUUGCAGCGAGGAGUACAGCGCGGAGGUGGUUGACAUGAUCUUGAGCAAUGCCGCUGCGGACCGGAUCCCCAUUGCCACGAGUGGGAUCAGAGCCGUGGGCUUUCUAAUGAGGCACCAGAUCGAGAGCGAGGGAGGGAGUGUUCCUGCCAAGGUCUCCACGCAUCUUGUAAAGUGUCUCCAGAGUCUGUCGAGUGACAUCAAGCUGGUGGCGGAGAAGAUGGUGUGGUGGAUGAACAAGGAGCCCACCCCCCCCAUGACCCCCGUGCUGAUCAAACCCAUCCUGAAAGCCCUGCUGGACAACACCAAGGACAAGAACACCAGUGUGCGGGCCUACGCUGACCAGGCCAUCGUCAACCUGCUGAAGAUGAGGGAGGGAGGCGCCGUCUCUCAGAGCGUGUCUGCGAUUCUGGACACUGCCAGCAGUGAGCUGCUGACCGAAGCAUCUCGGAGAUCUCUGACGAAGAUCGCAAGCCAGGUGGACUCCGGCGAGCAGAUCGACGACACCAUCCUCACGUGAUCUCCACAGAGCCAGGGGCAGCUGACACAACCAGCCCUGUGUUGGCAUUUUCACCUGGGAGGAGGGGGCUGCACUGGGCGUCCAGCUACUCCCAUUACAGCAAGAAAGUGUUGAGGCUCAAACUUAAAAAUAUUAUUCUAGAAAAUAAAAAAAGUGAAAGGCAUUAUUUUCCCAGCUUGUGUUAAAUAUUUGAACACCCCGAAACAACAUUUGCCAAAAGUAAACAUUUGUGUUAGCCAGUUCAGUGUAUUGCAACACAGUGACCGGUUCGGGUUGUGUAACGCACGAGAUUGAUCCGCUCUCUUCCACAGUACGGAGCCCUUGUGGUAUUUAAAGGGACUGUUCCUAAAUGUGUGAGUGAGGAGAGGCUUUUGUAUUAAAGUAAUGGGAUCAACUGUAAAUGUUUGCCUGAUUCAUCUUUAAUUAAAACUAAUAUGAAAUGAGCUGGACAUUUUAAGUUGAGAAUACACCCCUUGAAAGAAUGGGAAUGGUAUGCUCCUGUACCAGAAUUCACUGCCCCCCUCCCCCUCAUUCCAAUGAUUACAAAUCAAUAAGACCCGGAAUGUUUGGGAGUCUGGAGUUGCUGAUUGGCUGAGAGGGACUUGGUGAUUUUAUAACUUUGAUCAAUAUUCUGUGAUGCUUUUGUGACUUCACCUCCCGAGCCAAUAUAAAGCAUGGAGACGGUGGGAGAGCGGUGCUGUAGUUAACACUGGCCCUUUUCUUACACAGCGCCCCCUGCUGGGGUGGUAUUGCGUGGAGGUGUUGUGUUGCUAUGCUCAGCAAACUGCUUGUGACGGUUAGGAAGGGAGAGAGUGUGAAACUGAAUUGAUAAUAUAUCCUUUCGGAAAACUCUAGAGAAAAUCUACAACCCUAAAAUGCAGGCUGCUUAAAAAAUUAAAUAAAAUGACAGCUUUAAUAAAUGCUUUGAUGUGAAAUAAUAAUGAAUAGUUGGUCUUAAUUGAGGUAAUGCUGACCUAGCACAGGUUCUCUGAUGAACCCGGGAGUGUCCCUCUCCCACUGUGCACCCGAGCCCUUGCCAUGCGGUGUAGAAGAGGCUGGGUUGUUUAUCCACUGCAGAGCGGUGCUACUGACAUCACACGCAAUGAAACACUGUUAUUAAUUAAGCCAGUCAUAUUAAUGUAAUUAAGGUCAAGGGUGAGGGAUGUUGGGUUUUAUAAAGCGUGGAUUAUAAAAAUAAAUAAAUAAAUCCUAAAUAUAUUUGCAAACUAUAGCGAAACAAGAUACAGCUGUUCUGUCUACACCACACAGUUUGCGCAAAAUUAAGCAAAUUUAAUUUAAUAAGUGUUUCGUGGCGUGUGACGUCAGCAGCUCGGCCUCUUCAACCUGCACCCCGAGGGUGUGCAAUGAGAAAGAGGCAUCUCGCCCUCUUUCAUAUCCCUGCUGCUGUUCCAGCCCUUGCAGUGAUGACGCUGUGUGUUGAGCUGAAAUAAAAACACGAGUUGGAAUACUUUCAAACACC